CGGUGACGUCGUUGAGCAGCACCGGCAGCAGGAGCGGCGGCGGAGGACAGAAUGGAGCGGGCCGGCGUCGACCUGCCCGCCCUACAGUUUGCCCCCUUCGCCAGCGCCUUGGAUGCGGGCUUCUGGCACGAACUGACCCGGAGGAAGCUGAACGACUACAGGCUGGACGAGAGUCCCCGGAACAUCAAGGCGUAUUACUAUAAUGGUGAUCAAUCUGGACUGCCAACUCGACUAACUUUGGAGUUCAGUGCGUUUGAUGUGAAUGCUGUGACUUCACCGCGAUGUUGCCCUGUUUAUGGGACUCUGUACAACACCAAUACUCUACAGUCAUUUAAAUCCACUGAUAAGAAGGCCUUACUGGACCAAGUGGGAAAUGAGAUUUGGGAAGCUAUAAAAUCUGGCAGAGCAAUUGAGGAUCCUUCACUGUUGAGCACUUUUCUUCUCUUGACUUAUGCCGAUUUAAAGAAGUACCAUUUCUACUACUGGUUUGCAUUUCCUGCUUUGUGCUUCCCAGAACCGAUAGUCAUGGUGCAGCCACCAGUCAGCCUAGCAGACAAGUUCUCUACAAGUCAGAUCCAGACUCUCCAAGAAGCCUAUGAUGAACUUUGCCAAAAGGAGGAGACUAAAGCGGUCCCUUAUUUUCUGGCCAAAUACACAGAAGAUUCUGUUUCAUUGACAACUUUGAGAAACUGGAAUGAAUUUUGCAAAGGUCAGACCAAGGUCACAGUUUGUGUCUAUGAUCCUUGUACCUUAACCCAGUAUCCAGGAUGGCCCCUGCGAAACCUUCUGGUCCUUAUAGCCUAUAAUUGGGGCAGCUUUCUGGACUCGCUUGAGGUUCUCUGCUUUCGAGAUCGGACUCUGCAAGGGGUCAGAGACACCAGGCACAGCAUCUUCUUUGAAAUAAAACUUCCCCAAAUAGCAUCGGACGCAGGUUGUCCAAAGUGUGUUGGUUGGGAAAAAAACCAGAAAGGAGGCCUGGGUCCGAGGAUAGUCAAUCUCAGUGAAUGUAUGGAUCCGAAGAGGCUGGCCGAUUCAUCUGUUGAUCUCAAUCUAAAAUUAAUGCGUUGGCGCCUGGUACCAACCCUUGAUCUGGAUCAUGUGGUAGCAACGCGGUGUUUGCUACUAGGAGCUGGGACACUUGGCUGCAAUGUAGCACGCACUCUCAUGAGUUGGGGAGUAAGGCAGAUCACCUUUGUGGACAAUGCAAACGUGUCCUACUCCAACCCAGUGCGCCAGUCCUUGUAUGAGUUUGAAGAUUGUCUCGAUGGUGGGAAACCCAAAGCACUAGCUGCAGUGGAUAAACUGCGGAAGAUCUUCCCAGGAGUGAAGGUGAAAGGAUAUAACCUCACCAUACCAAUGCCUGGUCACCCUGUGAAUUUUUCUGAGGUGACGAUGCAACAGGCGCAGAAUGAUGUUGAACAACUGGAGAAGCUCAUUUGUUCGCAUGAUGUGAUCUUCCUGCUAAUGGACACGCGUGAGAGUCGCUGGCUUCCCACGGUCAUCGCUGCCAGUCAGCGCAAGUUGGUUAUUAAUGCAGCUUUGGGGUUCGAUACAUUUGUUGUGAUGAGACACGGUCUGAAGAAGCCCAAGCAGGAGUGUGGAGAACCUGCUUCAGCUGCCGCUGCCUCUGUUCCAUCCUCUGUGAUGGGCUCUUCACUCUUCUGCAACAUUCCUGGCCACAAGCUGGGCUGCUACUUCUGUAAUGAUGUGGUAGCACCUGGAGAUUCAACGAGAGACCGCACACUGGACCAACAAUGUACAGUGAGUCGUCCUGGCUUAGCCAUGAUAGCUGGAGCACUUGCGGUGGAGCUGAUGGUUUCUAUACUGCAACAUGCUGAAGGUGGGUAUGCAGUAGCCAGCAGCAGUGACGAUCGGCUGAAUGAACCUCCGACAUCGCUUGGACUUGUCCCUCAUCAGAUCCGUGGCUUCUUGUCAAGGUUUGACAAUGUCCUCCCAGCAAGUCUAGCGUUUGAUAAGUGCACAGCCUGCUCAUCAGUGGUCCUUGACCAGUUUGAAAAAGAAGGCUUUCAGUUCCUGGCUAAUGUUUUCAACUCUUCUCAUUCUUUCCUGGAAGAUCUUACUGGACUGACACUUUUACACCAGGAGACGCAGGCAGCCGAGAUAUGGGAUAUGAGUGAUGAUGAAAGCUUCUGAAAGCAGUCUGCGGCUACCAAAUGGAUGACGUUUGAUACUGAGUUGCAACUUGGACUGAUCCCAAAACCCUCUCCAGAAUGCAAUUCUAACGUGCAAUAACAGCCACCCUGGUUGAGCAUUCACUGUCAUUUCUAUUGGUACAUUUGGCUUAAUUAAGAAGCACUUUGUUUUCAAUAAAUACAUUUUAUCUCCUAA